GAAACUUGCUUCUAUUAUUCUGCCUUUGGAGCUUAAAAGACAAUUGUACUCAAGAGGCAUUUGUCAUUUGAUUAACCUUCCUCCUUUUGAAACCCCAAAAACCCGUAUCAAAUACAUAUAAACCGCCUCUUCACCCCGCCAACCCCGCCAUGUCGUCCAAGUCGCAAUUGACCUACAGCGCCCGCGCUCAAUCGCACCCCAAUCCCCUCGCGCGCAAGCUUUUCCAAGUCGCCGAGGAAAAGAAGAGCAAUGUUACCGUCUCCGCUGAUGUGACCACAACAAAGGAGCUCCUGGACCUCGCCGACCGCCUUGGCCCCUACAUCGCCGUGAUCAAAACACACAUCGACAUCCUCUCCGACUUCAGCCAAGCAACAAUCGACGGCCUGAAUGCCCUAGCCCAAAAGCACAACUUCCUCAUCUUCGAAGACCGCAAAUUCAUCGACAUCGGCAACACAGUCCAGAAACAGUACCACAACGGCACCCUCCGCAUCUCCGAAUGGGCCCAUAUAAUCAACUGCUCCGUCCUACCCGGCGAGGGCAUCGUCGAGGCCCUCGCGCAAACCGCCCAGGCCACUGACUUCCCCUACGGCUCCGAGCGGGGCCUCCUCAUCCUCGCCGAGAUGACCUCCAAGGGAUCCCUUGCAACGGGCGCCUACACCUCCGCCUCCGUCGAUAUCGCACGCAAGUACCCCAGCUUCGUGCUGGGCUUUGUCUCAACCCGCUCGCUGGGCGAGGUCGAGUCUACCGAGGUGCCCGCCCAGGGCGAGGACUUCGUCGUCUUCACCACUGGCGUCAACCUGUCGUCUAAGGGCGAUAAGCUCGGUCAGCAGUAUCAGACGCCGCAGUCGGCUAUUGGCCGCGGUGCCGACUUUAUUAUCUCUGGUCGUGGUAUCUAUGCCGCUGCGGAUCCUGUUGAGGCCGCUAAGCAGUACCAGCAGCAGGGUUGGGAGGCGUAUCUGGCCCGCGUGGGCGCGCAAUAGAAUGUGUAGUCCACGUUCCACUGUAGGUACAUGUGUGGUGAUGCAUAAUGAAAAAUAUAUAUUUGAUGGCGUGCUAUAUAAUCCUUUUGCAUCUUGGUGGUUUCUUACAUCAGCGUUGUUCACGAGUCUCCAGGGCUAUGUAAGGGCUUUCCUACAUGUACAGACGAUGCAAGGGCAAGGUUAAGUCCAACGAUACAUGCAAGUACUCUGCAAACAGCAUGCUUCACCCCGUCUUUGACGAAUCAAGAGAUCAAAAGCGAAUCUUUGAAUAUCCG